UGGUUGGUGGUGUUUUUUUUUUUAUUUGUUUUUCAAGUCGACAGAAAGUUUUUCGCACGGUUUUUGGGUUUUUAUCGGUUUUGCUUGGCGUUUCGCAAAUUAAUUCAAUAAAAUAAUAUAAUAAUUCGUAUACCUAACGAAACGUUUGAACCUCUCAUGGAUUGUAAACCUGUUAUCAAUGAUAUAAAACUAGAAAACCAGGACGAAUUCAGUUUCGAUGUGCGCGUAAAGGUUGAAAAUGACAUUGAGUGGCCCGCACAGAUGGUACUAGCUCAAAACGAAGUGUACGAGGAAUUUGAACAAAAUAACUCGCUAACUUGUAACUGGCCUAGUAAUAGUUUUAAAGAGAACUACCAAGAUGACAUAUGCGAAAAUAACCAACAAAACCUAUACUAUGCGCAAAUCAAGCAGGAUUUCCAAAUAAAUGUGCCAAAUGAUGUGAUUAGAGACAGCUUUAUACAGGCCCCACAUCAAGAGUACCAAGACAAAAUAAUAUAUGAAAAUUUAAAAGAAGAGAGUUUUGAAACAUGUUUGCUGUGUGGGAAAUGUUUUUCAAACAGUUAUUCACUUCUUCAACACAACCUCGUCCACCUAAAAGUGCCUUUAAUCAAAAGAAAAGUAUUCAUGUGUGAGCAUUGCCCUAAAUAUUACAAUAAUAAGACAAAUUUAAAAAACCAUAUCCUGAUAAACCACGUAAGAAAAUACGACAGACUUAUGCCGAUCACGAAACAAAGACAUGAGUGUUUGAUUUGUAAAAAAACUUACUCAUACAAACAUUGGUACGAUCACAUGAGAGAAGUACACAGUGAAACAAAAUUUAAAUGCAAAGAAUGCAAUGCAUUACUUAAAACUGAACGUACUUUGAAACGACACAACCAAUUUGUUCACAAAGCAGUGGCAAAAUGUGAACUGAAAAAAAAUGGAUGCCCUAAAUGUCCAGUUGUUUUGGAUAGCAAGUAUGCUCUGACAACACAUCUAAGGAACUGUCAUAGUAGUGAAACUUAUAUGUGUCAUUUAUGUAACUCAAAGUUGAAAUGUAAGUCAUAUUUGCUAUCUCAUAUGAGACGUGUUCACUACAAUGAUGGAAAGUUACAUGAAUGCAAAAUUUGUGGUAAGGAGUUCAAGUCGAAAAGAUAUGUGAAGAUACAUGUAAAAAAUUCUCAUUACAAAAAGAAAACUUAAUUCACGAAUUCAUGACGGUAUUCUAACAAUAUUCAACCUCGCACUGGACAAGUGUAACGUUGGCAGAUGCCAUU